GUGACAUCAUUCGACAUUCGUCCUUUGCCUAACCAAGUGAGAUUUGAGGAACACAAAACUAACUAUGAUAGGCCUGUCUCUCCCCAAAUCCCAGCUGAUUCAAGCUGUCACAAAAGUUGUGCCGAGGGGAAACCCCACUUCGGUUUCCCUGCCUACUUUAGCAGCAGCUUCAAAUGUUGCUGUUCAGCAGCCAGCGAAGAAACUCACGAACUUUUCUCUUUCUCAAGAUGCAAAGCUGGGCGCUCUCAAGGUGUCCUCCUCUCUGGCAGGAACUUCACAAGUUCGUUUUGCACACACUGACCUGAAGGUGCCGGAUUUUUCGGAUUACAGAAGGGAUCAAGUUAAAAAUUCAUCUUCGUCUCACAAGGCCACUGACAGUCAGAGAAAACUGACAUCUUAUCUGGUUGUUGGAGCUGGUGCGGUGGCUUGCACCUACAGUGCUAAAGCAAUUGUUCGUGGCAUUGUAAGCAAUUUGAGCCCUGCUGCUGAUGUGGUUGCUCUGUCCAAGAUCGAGAUCAAACUUGCAGACAUCCCCGAGGGACGCAGCAUGACCUUCAAGUGGAGGGGCAAACCUCUGUUUCUGAGACACAGAACCGAUGAGGAAAUUGAGACUGAGCGAUCGGUGGAUUUGAGCACUCUGAGGGACCCUGAGACAGAUGAAGACAGAGCAUCAAACCCUAAAUUUCUGGUGCUUGUUGGAGUCUGCACUCACUUAGGAUGUGUGCCUAUUGCUGAUGCUGGAGACUUUGGUGGCUACUACUGCCCAUGCCAUGGCUCCCAUUAUGACGGCUCUGGGAGAAUCCGCAAAGGCCCAGCUCCCCUCAAUCUUGAGGUUCCUCCUUAUGAGUAUUUAGAUGAAAGUACUUUGGUUGUUGGGUAAUGAAAUACAAGCACAUUUAAGAGGUUUAUGGGAUUUUGACCUGCAGUAAUAGUGUCAAGUGAUAUGGUGUGAAUGGCUGGUAAAGACUUGAGUGGAAGACAUUUUGUUCCUUGAAGAUGUGAACUAUUUAUUUAGGAGAAGUGAUGAUGGACAGGUUUUGUACAUUAUGUAUAGAUAUUGCUGUAGGAAGAAAGAAAUUUGAAAGUUACGUUCUAGCAUCUUUUGUCUGCUAGUUCUUUGUGUGCAGCUCUCUUUCUAAACAGUAUACCAUCUGUUCUAUAUGUUAAAAAAAGCUACAGUCUUGUCAUGACGAAAGAUUAGCUGAUGAUAAAGUGACAGGUUUCAUUUGGUGGGUAACAUGCCUUCUGUUUAUAGUAAUUUUUGUGCUGCAGUCCACACAAUUCCUUGAAUAAAAAUUUGAUGUCCUAUGAUUUUUUUCA